CCAGAGUUCUGUUUGCUGAGCUUCCCACUCCUGUUUCAGAGACGCCACUGGAUACAGAGCAGCGAGCACUAAAGGCUUCCCUCCUCCUUAGACCUGUCGGGUUGUGGGCUCUGUCUUUCCCCUUCUUGUUCUUUUCUUUUUUCUUUCUUUCUUUCUUUCUUUUUUUUUUUUUUUUUUUGAAACCUUCAGGACAAGUUCAUGGAUACUAAGCUGAUGUGUUUGUUGUUCUUUUUCUCCCUGCCUCCGCUCCUAGUGAGUAACCACACUGGCCGCAUCAAGGUGGUCUUUACUCCGAGCAUCUGUAAAGUGACCUGCACCAAGGGCAGCUGUCAGAACAGCUGCAAGAAGGGGAACACCACCACUCUCAUUAGUGAGAAUGGUCAUGCUGCUGACACCCUGACAGCCACGAACUUCCGAGUGGUAAUUUGCCAUCUUCCAUGUAUGAAUGGUGGCCAGUGCAGUUCAAGAGACAAAUGUCAGUGCCCGCCAAAUUUCACAGGAAAGCUCUGUCAGAUCCCUGUCCAUGGAGCCAGCAUGCCUAAACUUUAUCAGCAUUCCCAGCAGCCAGGCAAGGCAUUGGGAACACAUGUCAUCCAUUCUACACAUACUUUGCCUCUGACCAUGACUAGUCAGCAAGGAGUCAAAGUGAAAUUUCCUCCCAACAUCGUCAAUAUCCAUGUGAAACAUCCUCCUGAGGCUUCUGUCCAGAUACAUCAGGUGUCAAGAAUCGAUGGCCCAACAGGCCAGAAAGUAAAAGAGUCUCUGCCAGGCCAAACCCAAGUUUCUUAUCAAGGGCUUCCCGUCCAGAAGACCCAGACUGUGCAUUCCACGUACUCCCACCAGCAGGUCCUUCCACACGUCUAUCCUGUGGCUGCUAAAACGCAGCUUGGCCGCUGCUUCCAGGAAACCAUUGGCUCACAGUGUGGCAAAGCGCUCCCCGGCCUUUCAAAGCAAGAGGACUGCUGUGGAACUGUGGGUACCUCCUGGGGCUUUAACAAGUGCCAGAAAUGCCCCAAGAAGCCAGCUUAUCAUGGAUAUAAUCAAAUGAUGGAAUGCCUGCAAGGUUAUAAGCGGGUUAACAACACCUUUUGUCAAGAUAUUAAUGAAUGCCAGCUACAAGGUGUAUGCCCUAAUGGUGAGUGUUUGAAUACCAUGGGCAGCUAUAGAUGUACCUGCAAAAUGGGAUUUGGGCCGGACCCUACCUUUUCAAGUUGUGUUCCGGAGCCCCCUGUGAUCGCAGAAGAGAAGGGGCCCUGUUACCGGCUUGUCAGUUCCGGCAGGCAAUGUCUGCACCCUCUGUCUGUGCACCUCACCAAGCAGCUCUGCUGUUGUAGUGUGGGCAAGGCCUGGGGUCCACAUUGUGAGAAAUGUCCGCUCCCAGGCACAGCUGCUUUUAAGGAAAUCUGUCCUGGUGGAAUGGGUUAUACGGUUUCUGGCGUUCAUAGACGCAGGCCAAUCCAUCACCAUGUAGGUAAAGGACCUGUAUUUGUCAAGCCAAAGAACACUCAGCCUGUUGCUAAAAGUACUCACCCUCCACCUCUCCCAGCCAAGGAAGAGCCAGUGGAGGCCCUGACCUUCUCCCGGGAGCACGGGCCAGGAGCAGCGCAGGCGGAAGUGGCAACUGCACCCCCUGAGAAGGAAAUACCUUCAUUAGAACAAGAGAAAACCAAACUUGAGCCUGGCCAACCCCAGCUCUCCCCAGGCAUUUCAACUUUUCAUUUGCAUCCCCAGUUUCCAGUGGUAAUUGAAAAGACAUCACCUCCCAUGCCUGUGGAAGUAGCUCCUGAAGCUUCCACGUCAAGUGCCAGCCAAGUGAUUGCACCUACUCAAGUGACAGAAAUCAAUGAAUGCACGGUGAAUCCUGGUAUCUGUGGAGCAGGACACUGCAUUAACCUGCCAGUGAGGUACACGUGUAUAUGCUACGAGGGCUACAAGUUCAGCGAGCAGCAGAGGAAAUGUGUUGAUAUUGAUGAAUGUACUCAGAUCCAACACCUCUGCUCCCAGGGACACUGUGAAAACACAGAGGGAAGUUUCCUGUGUAUUUGCCCAGCAGGCUUUAUGGCCAGCGAGGAGGGCACUAACUGUAUAGAUGUGGACGAGUGCCUGCGGCCGGAUGUGUGUGGCCAGGGGCACUGUGUCAACACCGUGGGCACCUUCCGCUGUGAGUACUGCAACAGUGGGUACCGCAUGACCCGGAGAGGCCACUGUGAGGAUAUCGAUGAGUGUUUGACUCCAAGUACUUGUCCAGAUGAGCAAUGUGUGAAUUCUCUUGGAUCUUACCAGUGCGUCCCCUGCACGGAAGGGUUCCGAGGCUGGAAUGGACAGUGCCUUGAUGUGGACGAGUGCCUGGAACCAAAUGUCUGCUCCAAUGGUUCUUGCUCCAACCUUGAGGGCUCCUACAUGUGCUCCUGUCACAGAGGCUACGGCCCCACGCCCGACCACAGACACUGUCAAGACGUCGAUGAAUGUCAGCAAGGGAAUCUGUGUAUGAAUGGACUGUGCAAGAACACAGAGGGCUCCUUCCGGUGCACCUGUGGCCAAGGGUACCAGCUGUCAGCAGCGAAAGACCAGUGUGAAGAUAUUGACGAAUGCCAGCACCGGCACCUCUGCACUCAUGGCCAGUGCAGGAACACAGAGGGCUCCUUCCAGUGUGUGUGCGACCAGGGCUACAGAGCAUCUGCCCUUGGAGAUCACUGUGCAGAUAUCAACGAAUGCUUGGAGGACAAUAGCGUGUGCCAGGGAGGAGACUGCAUCAAUGCUGAUGGGUCCUAUGAUUGUGCCUGUCCAGACGGAUUUCAGCUAAAUGACAAGAAAGGAUGUCAAGAUAUUAAUGAGUGUGAGCAGCCAGGGCUCUGUGGUCCUCACGGGGAGUGUCUCAACACGGACGGUUCUUUCCACUGUGUCUGCGAGCAAGGUUUCUCCAUCUCCGCAGAGAGCCGCACAUGUGAAGAUACUGAUGAAUGUGUAAACAACACUGUUUGUGACAGUCACGGGUUUUGUGACAAUACACCUGGCUCCUUCCGCUGCCUCUGUUAUCAGGGCUUUCAAGCCCCACAGGAUGGGCAAGGGUGUGUGGAUGUGAACGAAUGUGAGCUGCUCAGUGGCGUGUGUGGGGAAGCCUUCUGUGAAAAUGUGGAGGGGUCCUUCCUCUGUGUGUGUGCUGACGAAAGCCAGGAGUACAGCCCCAUGACAGGCCAGUGCCGCUCCCGGGCCUCUAGAGUUUUGGAUGUGGACCAACCCAAAGAAGAAAAGAAAGAAUGCUACUAUAACCUCAACGACGCCAGUCUCUGUGAUAAUGUGUUGGCCCCCAAUGUCACCAAACAGGAAUGCUGCUGCACAUCCGGUGCCGGCUGGGGAGAUAACUGCGAGAUCUUCCCUUGCCCGGUGCUGGGGACCGCUGAGUUCAUGGAAAUGUGUCCUAGAGGAAAAGGUUUUGUCCCCACUGGAGAAUCCUCUUACAACAUUGGUGGCGAGAACUAUAAAGAUGCUGAUGAAUGCUUACUUUUUGGACAAGAAAUCUGCAAAAAUGGUUUCUGUUUGAACACCCAGCCUGGUUAUGAAUGCUACUGUAAGCAAGGGACGUACUAUGACCCUGUCAAAUUGCAGUGCUUUGAUAUGGAUGAAUGUCAAGAUCCCAGCAGUUGUAUCGAUGGCCAGUGUGUUAAUACAGAAGGCUCUUACAACUGCUUCUGCACCCACCCAAUGGUCCUGGAUGCUUCAGAAAAAAGAUGCAUACGGCCAACUGAGUCAAAUGAACAAAUAGAAGAAACCGAUGUCUACCAAGAUCUGUGCUGGGAACAUUUGAGUGAUGAGUAUGUGUGCAGCCGUCCUCUUGUGGGCAAGCAGACAACAUACACCGAGUGCUGCUGUUUGUACGGAGAGGCCUGGGGCAUGCAGUGUGCCCUGUGCCCCACGAAGGACUCAGACGACUACGCACAGCUGUGUAACAUCCCCGUGACAGGACGCCGGCGGCCGUAUGGACGCGAUGCCCUGGUUGACUUUAGUGAGCAGUACUCUCCAGAACCGGACCCCUACUUCAUCCAGGACCGCUAUUUAAACAGCUUUGAGGAGUUACAAGCAGAGGAGUGUGGCAUCCUCAAUGGCUGUGAGAAUGGCCGGUGUGUGAGGGUCCAGGAAGGUUACACCUGUGACUGCUUUGACGGGUACCACCUGGACACGGCCAGGAUGACCUGUGUGGAUGUAAAUGAAUGUGAUGAGCUGAACAACCGGAUGUCGCUCUGCAAGAACGCUAAGUGCAUUAACACCGAAGGUUCCUACAAAUGCUUGUGUUUGCCAGGCUAUGUACCUUCUGACAAGCCCAACUACUGCACUCCACUGAAUACUGCCUUGAAUUUAGAAAAAGACGGUGACCUGGAGUGAAAGAGUCUGCAUCACCUAAGCCCGUAUACUCUGCACUGUGUAAAGGAAAAGGGAGAAACAGAUAAUACUUGAGACAUCGCACCUAACCCAGAAUGUUGCAGGUAUGGAAACAGCGUGGAGUUGCGUGUCCUCCAAAGACAAUGAGAGGAUUUAGUAUGAGUCUGACUGGAAAACAGACCAAAUGGAUAUUUCCCUGAAAAACCAGUAUAUAUAGUCUGUUCAUAUGUAAAAUUCAGUGGAAAAGAGGCAGAACAGUGCUGUUAUUUUAAACGAAAGGCUGUAUUAUUAUGUUUUGUUGUUUUGUUUUAUUACUAUUGCAUAAAUAUGGCAUUUAAAUAGUGGUGGAAAUGUUUUAUAUGAUUUUUUUUUUGGUUGCGCAGUUCCUUGGCUACUGUUUUUCCUUUUUCUUCAGAUUGUUAUAAAAAUAAGUGCAAAAGUCUUUGAUUAAAUGUUGUUAAGCUGUAUUAUAAGUUUUGUGACACAGGGUUAUGCUAUUCCUGGUCUGGAACAUUUUUAAAAUAGAAUUGUCUGUCCUGUGGAGCAGGCAGUGAUUUUGUUUCAAAACUUGUAUACACAUUUGGAGAAAAAACUUUAUAAUUUCCAUGUAUUGUCUGAUUUUCAUGUCCAUUCUUAGCCAAGCUGCUAGCAGAUGUCAUUUGGAUCUUUUUCCUUCAUUGAAAUGGAAGAAUUUAUGAGCUUAUACUAAUCUUGUAAUAUGUAAAGUAAGCCCAGCAAAUUUUAAAAAUGAUCCCCAAAUAUUUACUAUUGUACGUUAAAGCAAAAUAAAUUACCAUUUUUGUAGAAAAAAAUUCUGCCCAAGAGUGAUUUUCAGUGAGUUCAUGCAUACAGGUUGUAUCCUGCCUAGCUCCCCUCCCCUUUUUUUAACCUGUGGU